AUCUUGCGCAAUCUCCAAACUGGAGGCUUUGGUUGUAUUAACAGCCCGACACCGGGGCUUAUUAUCUCUAUCCGUUUCAUGGUUAAAUAACAUCAAAUCAGUCUUUCACAAUCGGUCUAGACAGGACUCUCCCAUGUCAGAAGCUGGAAAGAAAGAACAGGAUAAGGGAAUGAGAGAUAAAAUGCAAGAUAAAAAAAAGAAAAAAAAAGAAAAAGUGAAAGAGAAAGGAAAAGAAAAAGGAGACCGAUAUUCAAAAAUCAUGGCCACGAUGCCUCCGAAUCAAACACAAUGCGCGCUUUGCAGACAGAAUAUUAAACAUUCUUUUAUUUAUUUUCUUCGUCUUCUUCUUCCCCGAAAUUCCAAUGAGUCUCGCGUUGACGCCGGUUCAGCCUUUUGGUCCGUGUAAAUCUGUGUGCGCCCAGGGGAUAAUCAAUAGGGAAGAAACCCUGCAGUUAAGGAAAUGAAAUGGAAACAUAAAGUAGAAGACAGAUAGAACCAACAAUGCAAGGACGACAAGACACAAAAGCUGAAUGACAUG